GCAGCCAUAAUAGCAGGCCAUGAAAUCCAAGCCAAAUGAUUUAAUAUAUUGUAUAGAAAUGCUGAUUCAUCUAGCUGGUAUCUUAUACCAGUAGUGUUUAUAAAAGGGAUUUCACGGAGAUCAAGGUUCACUCCUUGCCAUAGCACAGGCACACCUUGCUGGCCUCACACAGCUGAACUGGCACCGGCCCUGCUCACACACUCUCCCUGCUGCAACACAACCAUUUCCCUGGCCCCUCCCUCCCAUUGCUCAAACAGCAGUGAAGAAAACUGUGGGGAGCCAGGAAACUUGGCAUUUACUGUAAGUGACAUAAGAGAGGCCUAGAUCAGAGGGAAACAUGGAGUCCAUCAAUCCGUCCCACUACCCUGCCACAAGAGCGGCCACAGUAGCACAGGACUACAUGAACUACACGCUGGGAGGCCCCUAUCGCUUGUUUGCGCUGAACACAGUGAGCCAGGCCGGCCGGGAGAGGAUUGCAGGAGUUGGCAAUAAAUACUCCCUUACCUUUUCUAUAGAAGAUUCGUUAAAUGAUAAGCACAUUAUUAACUGCACUUCAGAAGUGCUCUACUAUCUCAGUGAGCAGCACACUGCACCCAGCGUGACAUUCACACUCCAAGGAGAACUUCAGGGCAAUACGAUGGAUAAAGAUAAGGAAUUCUACAACAAAAUCAGGAGCCUGACUCAACCACUGAUGGCACAAGACAUUCCAGAUAAAUUUGGCAAUGUACCGGCAGAGCUGGAGCCAGUAUGGCACCUUGCACUGGCUGCCUGUGGCUAUGUAAAGUGGCAAAACUCCACUGAAAAUACAUUCUACAGAAUGGCAGUCAUCAAAAGUGUCAAACAGCAGAAAAGAGAAGAAGAUAGUGCUCUGGAGUUUCACUAUGACAUGCUAAUCCAUGAGAUGGUCUCUCAGGGAAUGGUACCUUGGCAAAUUGAAGUUUUAUGGGACCCGUCAGGAGGGCUGAAAGUAGUGAAACAGGUCCGGCUGCCAAAACAAUGCUGCAGUGCACAGGAAAACUGACAUAUCCAACAACAUAACUGGGAAAUUUAAAUGAACUAGAAAUAAAAAAAGAAAUAAGGCAUCUUUUUGGAGGAAUACUUACGGCACCGUUUUGCUGAUUGUCUCCCUAAAGGCAACUUUAGGUUUACCCAUAACACAAGGACAGGCAUAUUCCCUUUCCAUCCGCUGCAAAGACAAGGAAAAUUCCAUUAAAAUAUAGGCAAAUAGAUAUUGCAUCUCCCUGCCGUGAAAUCUGUUCAGCAAAGGAUUUUGGUUGUCCAUUAUAUAAAUUAAAUAAAUACUUAGGAACAUAA